AUGUCUGCUACAUGGAAUGAAUCUGAUAAAGAAAAGGUGAACUAUUUGGUACAAUUCUUUAGCACAGGUACAAGAACUCCUGUGUUUAGACGUCCAGAUGAGGUAGGUUUAGCGUACGAAGACGUAUAUUUCCCCUCUGACGAUGGAAUUCCUCUUGAAGGUUGGUUUAUUCCUGCAAAUUCCAACAAAAUAAUCAUUUGUAAUCAUUUUAUGCCUGGAAAUCGUUAUGGGUAUGCAGGUCAUUUAGAAGGGCUUGGGGGUUUUGGUGGUUUUGAGGUCAACUUUCUUCCUCAAUAUAAAGCACUUCAUGAUGCUGGCUACAAUGUAUUGGCAUAUGACUUAAGAAAUCAUGGUUUUAGCGGCCAAGCAAAUGGUGGUAAUUGUGCCAUUGGCCUUCGUGAAUACCGUGAUGUAAUCGGAUCUUUGAAAUAUGUUAAUUCAAGACCUGACACUAAAGAUAUGCAAAAAGGAUUACUUAGUGUUUGUUUGGGCUGCAACUCUACUAUUAUCGCUAUGGAUAAACAUCCCGAAUACUUCAAGGAUAUUAAAUGUAUGCUUGCUCUUCAACCAAUUUCCUUGAGGUGUUUUAUUGAAAAGGCUGCAGAAGGUAUGAAUUUGAAGGUUAAGGAAGCGACUGAUUAUUUUAACGAAAAAUUCCGCUCUGUUAACGGGUUUUUUCUCGACGAGUUUACCCCCAAACCAUAUGCAAAGGGUGUAACAGUCCCUACUAAGGUGUUCCAAGUGCAUGAUGACUUCCGUACUGAUGUUGCGGAUGUGCAAGAGAUCUACGAUAAAUUGCUGUCCAAAGAAAAGGAGCUUUAUUGGAUCGAAGGAACCAAUGAAAGAUUUCAGGGGUACAACUUUCUCGCAAAAAAUCCGCAAUAUAUGCUUGAAUGGCUUGAUAAGUAUGUUUAA